GAGAGUUCACUGUAUACUGAAGCGGAAAAAUAAAAAUAAAAGGAAUAAACACAAACAAGAUAUAAAUUAUAAUUGAAAUGGCCCAAUCUAUCGCUCCAUCUAAUCAAUCAACACUUCUCCCACUGGAACUGGUAGAUAAAUGCAUCGGCUCUAGAAUUCACAUUUUGAUGAAAAACGACAAAGAAAUGUCCGGAACACUUCUUGGAUUUGAUGAUUUUGUCAACAUGCUACUAGAGGAUGUCACAGAAAUUGAAAACACCCCUGAAGGAAAGCGAAUCACAAAAUUAGAUCAAAUUCUUCUUAAUGGAAAUAACAUUACAAUGCUUGUUCCUGGUGGUUGCGAAAUACCUGAAUAAAUAUGAUUAAAAAUUGAAGC